AGAGAACAGAGGACAAACAGACAAUUGUUCAGAGUGAUUAGGACACAGACUGCAGCACAAUGAAGGCUCUGGUGUUUCUUCUGCUUGUGGCGGCUGUCAGUGCUAAACUCUAUAAUCGGUGUGAGCUAGCAAGAGCCAUGAAAGCAAAUGGCAUGGCCGGGUAUCAUGGCAUCAGUCUGGCUAACUGGGUUUGCUUGGCCAAACAUGAGUCUGGCUACAACACCCAAGCCAUCAACCACAACACUGAUGGAUCAACCGACUACGGAAUUUUCCAGAUAAACAACCGCUGGUGGUGUUCCAAUGGGAAAUUCAAAAGCGCUAAUGGGUGUAAAAUCUCCUGCAGUCAGCUUCUUACUGAUAACAUCUCACAAGCCGCUGCGUGUGCCAAGACCAUAGUGAGACAGCAGGGCAUUACCGCAUGGGUGGCAUGGCGUAACUACUGCAGGGGUCGUGACUUAAGCUCUUAUGUUGCAGGCUGUGGAGUUUAAGCAAAAUCAUGAAAUGAAAAAUUCAUCACUUUAAUGAUUAAUCCAACCAAAGCAAAUCAGUAGUAAUGGUGAUAUCUAAUAAUGCAUUAACAACCCAAAUCAACUGGUAGCUCAUAGACACUCUAAUUACUCAGAAGUUCAUGUAAACCCUCUAGCAACAUCAACAAAACACAAAUAAACCAUCUACAUACAGCA